AAGACGGGCAGCAGCGUCUUCGGUGCGACAAAGCCAGUACUGUUGCUGUUUCCAGUGCUAAUGGCAAUUUUUCAUUGCUCUCAAGCACAAUGCCCUUGGAACGACAAGCCAGAUUUACAGGCCACUUGUGUUUGCGCCUUUAAUCUAGCCAGACAGAUGUCUGUACAAUGUGAUCAGGUUGAAUUUUCAACUUUAUUAUCUACACUGAAUUCAAGUGCAAGAAAAAUAGCGAUAGACCUUCUAUACAUUAAUAAUUCUACAAUUCAUUUAAUAACGGACGAUAUGUUCCAGAACUUAGCGAUACAUAAUUUACAAAUAUCAGGAUGCAAAGUAAAAAAAAUUGAAAAUAAUGCAUUUAAAAGUCAAGGUCCAUAUCUAAAAAACUUAAACUUACAAGACAAUGAGCUGACAGAGGUACCUGUAAAAGCACUGAGAAUUUUAACAAAUUUAUCUUUGUUGGACCUUUCCAAAAAUAAAAUCACAUACAUAGAAAACUAUUCUUUUUCAACUUUGCAAGAGUUGACGACCCUCAAAUUAUCUGACAAUAAUGUGACAUUGUCACCACACGCAUUUUCUGGAUUAGAAAAUUCACUGAAAAACUUGAACCUUAAGGGAACAAAACAAAAAACUGUACCAGAGUGUAUAAGAAGACUACGUAGUCUGGCUUUUCUCGAUCUAUCUCAAAACAGCAUAAGACAACUACCGGGACCCGACGGUGCACUUACUUUCGAUGGUUUAGAUUCAUUAACUGCACUCAACUUAGAAAGGAAUUUACUUGUUAAUUUAGAAAAAGAAGCGUUUUAUGGGAUAAAGAGCACACUAAGUUCGUUAAGUUUACUGAACAACCUGUUACCAGAGUUUCCUACUGAAGCAAUAGCCACAUUAUCUGAUUUAAGGGUGUUGGAUAUAGGAUUUAAUCUACUUAACAAAUUACCGUCAGAUGCUUUUCUAAAAAAUCCUUCAAUAACUUUACUAGCAUUAGACGGCAAUCCAUUACGAACAGUCGAAGAAAAAGCUUUAAUUCAUCUUCACCAUAGCCUAAGAGGUUUAAGUCUCGGUGGGCGAUUUUUAAAUUGCGAUUGUCGUUUACGAUGGAUCAUCGAAUGGAUUCGUAACGGAGAGCUCCAAGUUACUUCACGUGAGCGAAACCCUCAAUUUUGCGGUAGUCCACCCCAAUUCCGUGAUCGUGGAUUUUAUAGUUUUGAACCAAAUGAACUUAUCUGCGAUAACGACUCAAAUUCCACAAUAACUUCAGAUACGACUUCUACGAGUGAAAUAAACAUAAUUCAAACCACAACAGUAAUGCCUCCUUCGUCAACUAAUAUACAAUCGACUAUUUCGAGCUCAACUACAAUAGGUACAACGACAAGUAAUAAUACCAGUGAAACUACGACUUUUAAAAUUACAACACCUACGACUAUUUCCAGUAAAACAGGUAAAACUCCCUCUGUGCGCCCGGCUGCACCUACGUGGCGACAUGCUCCUCAUCAAAGACCACCUUUAGUCAUGAACUUUCCUCAACAAAAACCAAUAGUAGAUGAUUCAAAUGAAGUAAUUGUAAAAAAUGCUUAUAGACAGGAUAACUCAGUUAUAAUACAAUGGGAUUCAAAUGUCGCAAAUAUACUAGGUUUUCGUGUAGUCUAUCGACUCUUUGGAGAUAAAAGCUUUAAACAGGGGCCACCGCUUGAAGCUAGUGAAAGAGAAUUUAAAAUUAAGAAUGUUCCGUCUCAGGAAUGUAUCGUAGUCUGCGUAAUUUCAUUAGAAGAAGUUCACGUAACCCCUGAAACGGUCCCGUAUACACAGUGCCGUGAAGUACGCACAGUAUCCGCUGCAGCAACUAACAUGGACAAAAUCACAAUAGCAGCUAGUGCUGCAAUAUGUGGAACAAUAGUAGUAGCCGUCCUCGUGUUUGCUGCAGCCUCACGUCGUAGAUCACGAACUGUACACCGGUUACAUACUCAGCUACCAGAAAAAAUUCCAAACCCAUGCUGUGGAGGACUCACAGGAACACCAAGUCCAAGCGGGCCGUUAUCUUCACUAGCCACGAUAGGCGCUUUUGGAAAACAACGUGAAUGGGACCAGGUUUCGGCUUAUAGCGCACGAUCGAUACCCAGAGCCCGUUCCUAUACUGAACCUGCUGCUCCUGAACCAUUACCUGGUCGACCAGGAAGAGCUAGAUCUUUAGCUGAUGGGCAAUCACAGCACAGUUAUUCGCACUCGGCUCGAUAUGGAGCUCCUGCUUAUCCUGGAAGCUUAUUGGGAUCUAGAACUGAUCUACGACAAUCUCGUCAAUCUUUGGGGGCAGCAUCCGAACGAGCUUCACGUUUAUCACUAAGUGGAGCAGCUGGUGGUGCUACUAGUGGCACUGCAGGUUCUAGAAGAAGACCUAGGUCAAGAUCACGUCCUGCCAGUCGAUAUAGUGUAGGUUCAAUAGGAUUAGGUUACUGCGACACUUCUGACAACUGGACGGACCACGAUAUGGACAUAUACAUGGCGCGAAAUCCAACCAGAGGUGGUUUGGUGCCAUUAUAGCGCGCAAGAAAUACGGUGUGGGGAAAUCUAAUGGGGAAUAAACAACCUAUAGGUAAAACUAUCAAAAUCUCAAAAUGCGGUCAUGUGGCUCACACCUGCCCCCGCCGGCAUAUUCACCGUCACAGCCACAAACAUCGAAGUAAAU